CUGGGUGGACCUCCACAAUUAAGCUCGGAGAUGCUUCCAUAGCGGCCCCCUUUACAUGUCGCUCGAAGGCCCUUAUGUCCGUCUGUGACAUUGUGCGUCUUGGUCGAAGCACGCUUGUUACGACAUUACAAAUGUACAAGAUUCUUGCUCUUAACUGCCUUACCUCCGCUUAUUCCAUGUCAGUGUUGCAUACAGACGGUGUAAGGCUUGGUGAAAAACAGAUGAUCCUGUCCGGUGUGAUUUUAUCUGUUUGCUUCCUUUGCAUGUCACGCAGUCAGCCAAUGCCCACUUUGUGUCCACAGCGACCGAUUACACGCGUAUUUCAUCCCUACAUGAUCUGCACCAUUUUUAUGCAGUUUGCUCUACAUCUGUAUAGCAUGAUGCAGACUGUGAAGCUUGUGGAGGAGGUGGAUAGCACGGAGGUGGCAAGUAUGCGGGAAAUUGGGGUUGAAGGGGAGUUUAAGCCAACCUUGUUGAAUUCAGCGAUGUUUUUGCUAACCACCCUUAUUGGUGGUGUUACAUUUGCUGUCAACUACCGCGGUGAGCCUUUUAUGCAAAGCAUGCGAAAGAACAAGCCCAUGUUUUACGCACUGAUUGUCCUUACUUUAGUCGUCAUUUACUUUGCAUCCGAGACGGAUCCUGAGGGCAACGCCUUAUUUGAAAUUGUCGCCUUUCCGUCGCAGGAGUUCCGCCACCGUUUCAUAAAAUUGCUCUUGGCAGACGCCGGUGGUUGCUUUGCCAUUGAGUAUGCUUGUCUUUUUUUUCUGACGGACUACAUCUGA